CCAUAUGUUCAACGAUAGUUUUUGGAUUACGGCAAGCAGAAAGAGAAGGUGUCAGGGACUUACCUGUCGAUUGGAAAUUCUUAAAAUCGAUAUCUUCGCAUUAAAAGUCCAGUAGGAAACCCAGGAUGUGGUCGUUAAGUCGCUCAACGGUGUUAACUCAUACUGCAGCAAUAACCUUUGGCUUUUGCCUGGCGUACACCUUCGAUUUGGUUCGCGUAUCAAGUCAUCCGUCCCUCACCAAGAUUACGCCUAGUCUUACAGAAGUACGUAGUACGCCACGCAUACCAGAGGAAGAUACCAACGAUUCCCACGGUCACGGCCAUGGUAUAUGCGACGUCCAUAUCGAAACGGCCAAGAAAAACAUUGCCGGUCCUACGUUUGAUUUUGGCUUGCACGAUACGCAAGAAAACUAUCACGCUGGUGAAGACGAGGUAGCACGGGAGAUGCACGCAAAAGUGCGUGUGUUGUGCUGGGUCAUGACGAAUCCCAACAACCACGAGAAGAAAGCGAUUCAUGUCAAACGCACUUGGGGAAAACGGUGUAAUAUCCUCGUUUUCAUGAGCUCCAAAGAAGAUAAGUCAUUGCCUACCGUUGCACUACCCGUCAAGGAAGGCCGCCAAAAACUCUGGGGAAAGACUCGCGAGGCCUACCGUUACGUUUGGGAACAUUAUAAAGAAGAGGCAGAUUGGUUCAUGAAAGCUGACGAUGACACUUACGUUGUGUUAGAGAAUCUUCGCUACAUGUUGUCAGCUUACAAUGCGUCGGAGCCCAUUGCGUUUGGUCACAAAUUCAAACCUUUCGUCCAGCAAGGAUUUUUCAGCGGUGGUGCAGGCUAUAUCUUAAGUAAAGAAGCUACGAAAAGGUUUGUUGAAGAAGGACUUAAAAAUCCGGCAAAAUGUAAAAAGGAUGAGGCAGGUGCUGAGGACGUUGAAAUGGGAAGAUGUCUGGCCAAACUAAACGUGAAAGCCGGUGAUAGCCGCGACUCAUACGGUAGAGGUCGAUUUUUCCCAUUCGUCCCGGAAGAUCAUUUACUUCCAGGACCCGUUACGAAAAAAUUCUGGUUUUGGAAGUACAUUUUUUAUCCAGUUAAAGAGGGGCUUGCCUGCUGUUCCGAUACGGCAGUUUCAUUCCACUACGUUUCGCCUAACGACAUGUAUGUACUGGAAUAUUUGAUAUAUCACCUGAAACCCUUUGGAAUCCGAAGUAAUUUAGAAGGCACUGCCGCCCCACCCCCGGACCAAGAUUUAAAAGCCACGCCAUGGCCAGGUCCCCCCAAUUGAUAUGAAAAUGAAAAUGGCGAAUAUAAAAAUU